AUGGAAGUAGUACUGAGUUCAGGACACAGAAUGCCGUUGAUCGGGUUUGGAACGGCCUCAAUGCCUCUGCCACCGGACGAUGUGCUGACUUCAGCUUUUCUGGGCGCCAUCGAGGCUGGGUACCACCGCUUCGACACAGCAGCCCAGUAUGGAGCGGAGAAGCUGCUUGGGCGGUCCAUUGCCGAGGCCAUGAAGCGUGGCCUCAUUAAGAGCCGCGACAAGAUCUUCAUCACCAGCAAGCUCUGGUGCACCGACACCCAUUUCAACCUUGACGUUCCUGCCCUCAAGAACUCUCUCAAAAAUGUAUUAGUUUUCACUUGGCUAGGGUUAGAGUAUGUGGAUCUGUACCUAAUCCACUUCCCAGCAAGACUGAAGGAAGGAACCGAAGGGUCCGAUUUCAAGGGCAAAAUGUUGCCAUUUGACAUGAAAGGCACAUGGGAGGCCAUGGAAGAGUACUCCAAGUUGGGCUUGGCCAGGUCCAUUGGAGUCAGCAAUUUUGGCACCAAGAAGCUGUCUCAACUCCUCAUGCAUGCCACAAUCCCUCCUGCUGCCAACCAGGUGGAGAUCAAUGUGGCGUGGCAACAAGAGAAGCUGAGGGAGUAUUGUUGA